AUGCGACAGGUGUUUGGUGUUUUGCGUGCUCCCAAAGCUGAUAUCCCCACAUUGCUCAGUCGAGCUGGUGAAGGUGGAGUUUUUGUCUAUCCUCCUGCCGGCCAGCGAGAGAAUGUCGUCGUCGAAUGGAUCGACAGGCUCCCCAAGGAGGCUGACCGUGACUACUUUGCUAGAGCCUCGCGACUGCAGUCUGUCGGUUUGGCUUGCCACGGCGCGAGGCUGGGCUGGAAAAAGCCCAUCACCGCCGACACGAAAUUCCGAUGCAUCUGGACGCUCAGCGGGUGUCCCAGACACUGGGACAUGGUCCAGGCUACUGAUAUAGUGAAGGCCCACUUUGAUGAAGUCAAGCUCAUCAGACAGUCGGUGCGUGGUGCUGAGAAAACGUUCUACUUCCGUGGUGCUGCCAAGAAAGGAGCCGACUGCGACCUGCUUCCGAUCCCUACUCAGGAUGGCGAUUCUGGUCGCGUUAUGCUCUGGGCUGCUCUUGCCCCGGCGCGCCAGGAGCAGGUAAAGCAGAAGCGCCUCCGAGGCGGCUCGAUGCCCUAUGUUGAGGCCGCCGAGAACCUUUUCACGCCGGUGACGCAGACCGUUGCAGUGACUGCUGAUGCUACCGACCAGACUUGCCAGGCGAUGGACACGUCAGGUGGCAAUGCCGGCAGCCCAGAUGUUGCUACUGGCCAGCAGGGCGUGGGCGAGAAGCAGGAGGAGGGAAAGAAGGAAGAAGGAGCUGCCAAACGGGCCAAAGUGACUGUGCGUGAAAUCCCGGCUGGAUGCUCACAGCAUGCAGUGGCGAAAGACGGCAACUGCCUCUAUCAUAGUUUCGGCGAAGUUAUGAGAUGGCUUGGCAAACAGCCGAACUCAUUUCAUCACCUUGACCUCCGUGCGCGUGUAGCCGAGCAUUUGAGUAAGCAUAAGGAUGAUUAUGAGGCUGCGUGGAAAGCAGACGGGCGGCCGGGCCCGGCAGGAACACCGCUGGACGACUGGGAUGCUUUCAUCCGCGAAAUCGCGAUCCCUGGACGCUACAGCGGAGAGAUCGAGCUGAUGGCUCUCUGUCGACUCUUCUCAGUGCGCAUCGUGAUCGUGCCUGCCGACCCCAAUUGGCGGGUCUGCUCUUAUGGGAAGACCAAGCAAAAGGAUGUUAGUGCCAUUUACUUCAAAGACAGGCACUUUGAUUUCAUCAAGCCUGAUGGCGAGGCCUACCCUCGUGAGAUCUCGGCCACCGUCGCCGAUCCCAAUGGCGGCUUUCUAGUUGGAGGUGUGUCAGAGGCCUGCUCCUACUCCGUGUCUGAUGCCUCUACUGUGCGCCGGGGGGCAGGCAUGUCGCAGGCCCAGACGUCAGUGGCUACCGCCGGGUCGAAGCGCAGAGCCGGGAUGUCUGCUGCGUGCUCUGCCUCCAGUGCGUCUACCUUUCAGGCUAGGUCUCAGGCUGCUGGUGCGCUUAAGGUUGCUGUUGGCAAGCGGGCUGCUGCACAGGUUUUGUCUUUGGAGGCCGCGCGGGAGAGGUCGCUUAGCUGCCUCGCCCCGCUCCCUGAGGAUGAGGAAGACAUUGCGCGUACGCGCAAAAACAUGGGCUGGAGCAAUGCUACUGAGCGACAGCGCAAGUACUGGGACAGGCCCUUCGAAAGCAUGUUCGGAGGGCCCACCCUGGCGAGCCGGCGAACCUACGCACUGGACAUGCAAAUUUUGCAGCAAGGGCGAAUGCAGGAAACGAAGAGGACCGCGGCUCGCAUCAAACUGCUGCCAGUCAUUGCGCGGCUGGAAAAGCUGGACUUCGCAGUCUUUCCGUGGCCGCGCCUCAAAGACGCCAUUGGCCAGGCGUGCAAGUCGACUUCGAAAUUCCCUUCGGACUUCUUCGCUUUGUUUGAAGUGGAUGUUGCCGCCGCGGCCUGCCCGGGCUAUUUGGCCCAAUGGAAAGCUCAGGGUUACAAAGCUUCGCUGAGUGCGCUUGAGAACGGUAAGGCUAGGGUGGCUCUUGUUAGUCGGGUUCCGUUUAAGCCUGUUCGUGUCUGCACCGGUGCCGGCGCCUCAAGGCACGCUGCUGGUAUUGUCAAUGUCACCAAUUCUGAGGGCAGAUCUGAACCUUUGCUUCUUGUGGCCACGUACUGCCAAGCUGGCAAUCCUCAGAUUGCUGAUGCCCAGCUCAGCGACAUUGUUGCGGGCAUCCUGCGCGCGCGAUGUCGUUUUGUCGUCCUGGGUGACUUCAACAUGGAGGCAGGUGAGGGCGCGAUGGGCGAGCUUCUUGCUUGCGGCAUGGCGGUGCCUGGUGAUGCUUGUGCUCGCGGGCAGCCUCUUCCCUGCACGGGUCCGGGGCGUCGGCGGCGCAUUGACUAUGCCAUACACGACUGGCGACUUGCGCCUACUGAGGUUACGCAUUUUGAGUUUGCGGAGUCUGACCACCUCUGUGUCAGCUACAGGUUUCCUGAGCGAUUCCCCGUGCCUUUGACCAAGCCUGCCAGAGCACCGUUCAAGAAUGUGUCGCAGGAGCAUCUUGAGGUCUUCUUCGCUUCAGCGGAUUUUCAUUGCUUUGAGUGUGCCCUUGAUGACUGCCGCCUUGAUGAUGCUUGGACCUCCCUCUCAGCUGUCGCUGAGCAGGCUCUCUGUGGAGAGCUUCGUCAAGGCAGUGUACCAAGACAUGAGGAUUGGCUGCCCAGCCCUGUGCCGGACAAAUCGCGGCCCGCGCGCCGCCUGGAGUCGUCUGACUCCUUGGCCCGGUUUCGCAAGCUGCUUGCAAAGCUUCGCGCUUUGAAGUUCCGGCCUUGGGACUCGCAACUUCGCGCCAAAAUCUUUCCUUGCAUCAGUCGUCUGCGUGCGAGAGGCUUUCACGUGCCUUUUCUUCCCCCUGGGGAAGAGCUGCAACUGCUGGAGUACGUGGAUGUCACUGUCAAGCAGCUCCAGGAACAGGAGGAUAAGGCAAGGAGUCAGCUAUGGAAAACGAGGAUGGAAUCUUCACGCAACAUCCGUGGCUUCGUCAAGAAGCGAGCUGAAGCUCAGCUGGAUUGGGAAAAGGAGCUGCCGUUGGCUGCCCCAGCUGAUCUGGUGACUCAUCCAGCCGAGCGCGUCAAGGUCGAAGCAAAAACUUGGAGUGUCAUGCGGACUGCCAAGUCGCAUGCUGACCCUGCUAAGCUUUGUGCCAUCCUUGAGUGUGUGCCCAGGCCUGCUGAUAUCAAAUGUGACCUAGUGCUGCAUGCUACUGACUUGAAGCAAGCGGUGCAAGCCAUGAAAGGACGUGCGGCUGGGCCUGACUCGUGGACUCCAGAAGCUUUGGCGUUGCUCCCGCUUCCGUUUUGGAGACGUGCUGCAGACCUGUGGAACAGAUGCGUGCAGCUAGGGCAAGUGCCCACGCAGUGGUCUUGUGCCACCACGGUGCUGAUUCCCAAACCUAAGGGUGGUAGUCGUCCGUUGACUUUGUGCCAAGUGUUGUGGCGUGCUGGCGCCAGUGUGUUACAGCGCCGUCUGAGGCCGUGGAUUAGCGAGUGGCAAUCGGGCCAUGAUGCCGGGGGCCUUCCUGGAGCCUCUGUUGAGGCUGCACUUGCCCAAAUCCAGGCUGCCUUUCGCAAUAAGUCUAAGGGCUUUGUCCAACUUGACGUUAAAGCCUUCUUCGAUUCUAUCCAAUGGGAUUCUUUAAGUGCUGUUCUUCAACACCUUCGGUUUCCCUUGGAGUUGCUCAAGUUGCUGCUGACUUUCUACAAGCAGUCCUGCCGGACCUUUGUGUGUGAGGGGGCCUACGACGGUCAACGGUUUGUGCCCAGCCAGGGCAUUCCGCAAGGCUGCCCCUUCAGCCCGUGCCUCGCUGCUGCAAUUGCUCACGUGUGGUGUAAGUACGUUCUCCAUGGGGCCCAUCAGCAUGUUUCGGGACUCAACUACAUGGACGACCGCUUGCUGUUCCUUCGAGCCCGUGCUCCUGUUCAGGCCCUGGACGCAGUGCUAUGCCGGUCUGCCGAGUUCGAUGAGUGUUUCAACUUCAAGCUUUCGCUUGAGAAGUGUGCGGUCUACCCAAGUGAGGCGACUGAGGAGUGGGCUGCCCUUGCUGACAAACACUCCUUCAGCGUCAGUGAUCAUCUUGAGAUACUGGGUGUUUCUUGCACCUUCGGAGGAGCUUGGUCUUUGCUCAAGUUUGUGCUUCGCCGAGCAGUGCUUCGCCUUCGAUGGCUCCGCUGGUGCUCUCGUUCUCUUCGCGAUCGCAAGCAUAUCGUGCAGAGCUUGGUUGUUCCCAUGGUUUCCUGGACUUCGGCCUAUGCGGCUCCGUCGGAUGACGAGCUGAAUGCCCUGGAAACGAACUCCUGCACCUCUUCGAUGAUCGUUUCGGCGUCCAUCCAGCUGGGUUGGAAGCUCCAUCCGCAGAUGAUGCUGUGUCGUAGUGCCUUUCGCACGUUGGCUCGCUUUUUGGCAGCGCCUCCCAACUGGGUGGAGACAGUUCCUCUAACUGAAGCCUUUCCUCCUUGGAAUGAGCUCCUGCCGGAGAUUCCUCGCUGGCUCCAGAUCCUGAAGUGGACAUACGAGCCUGAAGCUGGCGCAGUGGUGCGGCGCGACUGCUCCGGGCGACGUCGUUGGCUGAGUGCUCACUUUAGGGCCUUGUGCGUUGACAAGUGUGGCAGGUUGUGGCGCUCCUUCCACAGGAGCGACGACGAGCAGUGUGCUACUGGGCUUGACCUACCGGCCCCGCCCCGUAAUGGUGUGUACCUUUUCAGAGGGCACGGCGUUGCUGCGUCUGAGACUGGUGGCCGAGCCCAACACCUUGCUAGCUUCGGUUCUGGGGGUUCGUGUUGGCAUUUCAAUGCCGGAGGUGCCUUUCCUGCUGAUCAUCGACGCUGGCUCUGCCUUUGUGGUGAGUCCAGGCCUUCGAGGCCGCACCUCACGUGGGCCUGCCCUGUGACGCAAGACCUGCGCGUGGGGCAUGAGCUGCCAGUAAAUCGCGCCGAAGAGGGCCUCUUUGCGAAGGAGGUGGUGGACUUCCCGCCGCCGACUCCUGCUCUUGAUCUCAGCGACUUCCUCCAGGAGCUGUCGGAAGGUGCUUCUGAGUCGCUCAAAGCCGAUGGGCUUCUGUACGCUGCCACGGAUGGCAGUGCUCGCAACGACAUUGCUGCGUCAGCCAUUGUCUUCGGGCAGCAUGUGACUGAGCACAGCAGCUUUGCAGCAGGGACGGGUGAUGAGGACCAGUCUGCUUUCAAAGCUGAGAUGCAAGCUUUGCUUUGGCUUGCUACUGUCUGCUGUGAAGUUUCUGAUAAGCUCUCCAUGCAACGCGAACUUUUCGUUGUAUCUGACUGCCUUGCGGCGAUUUCUGCUUGUCAAUCUGGCCACUCUUCUGAUUUGCCAGGUCUGGCUCGUGCUGCCUUUGACCUUUUCGCGCAGUCGGCCCACCAGGGCCUCACGUGUACAUUCUUGUGGGUCCCGUCUCAUGGGAAACAGCUGAAGUGGGCGCCGCCUGAGCCUCACUCUGCUGCGACUCUUCGUGCUCUCAACGAGUCGGCGGAUGAGGUGACCGCCUGGGAGGUCAAAACUGUCAGAAUCGCCGCGGCUGCGGCUGAAAGACUUUCGUGCCACCUUCGCAGCAUUGCUUUGAAGCCAGGUGAGCGGCCACUUGGACUUGCUGUGCCACCUCCCUCCCUUCCCUAG